UAAGGGCGUCAGACUAAGGUCGACUUAAGAAUGCUGGAUCUUCCUAAUAAUUGGUGCUAAUGGCGUGUUGUAUAGUCUUAACUUGACACAUAUGGUUUCAUAACACAGUGGCUUAAUUUCUUCCAAAUGUACGUGGCCCUGACUGUGUUGCAGUUUGAUAUAUGACCCCGCCCUGCUCCCAGGCCGGGGUCCGAGGCGACCCGGUAAAGUGUGAGACUGUGUUUAUAAAGAGCGGCGUACACACAAAAUGCUUACACACCCAAACAGACACACCUUAGAGUUGGGAAGGCGGCAUUUUCCUGGCGAGGGCCCAGACACUGGGAGCCAGACUCACCUUCAGUCUGAGUCAAUCCCUCUCGUCUUCUCCCAGAAGCUCGACUGAGAGUCUUCGCCUAGCUGUGUGGGGGAGGGGAUAGCUCGAUUUCCUGUUUAAACCCAGACCCAUCGCCUGCGCGCGGGGGUGGGGUGGGGGACAGUGGGUAGAGGACCCGUUUUUAUCAAAUUGUUAAAAAUACAAUUCGACUUCAUUCAAAUCAAACCCCUUGAGCCACAGCCGAUGGUGAAUCCUCUCUCCCAUCCCCCCCACAACCACCUUCCUUUUCCCAGCCCCCCCAAAAUUCCCCUUUUGCAGUCGACAUAAAGGCCUCUGAGGUAUUCUCCCGGGGGAAGAAAUGGCAUUUUCUCUCCCCUUUCCCACCCCACCCCCCAAUAGGACUGGUGUGUCGGCAGAGGCGUCUGCCGAGGGGCUAAUUUCGCGUUCCUUGUUUACGACCAAGAAAAGCGCUUGGCUCUUCCCAAAUGGGCCCAGCCUGCCGCCUGCUCCCGCUGCUGCGCGCUCUCCCGCUGCCCGAGCCUGGCCCCGAGGCGGAUGCUGGGGGGAACCAGGCUAGGGCUGCCCAGGACGGGAGUCUGUGGGACCUGAAAAGGGCCAAGGGAGUGCGUUGAGACAGUGGAGGGGUCCUGGAGGCCAGAACGUGAGCCUUUCUCCUGGCGUACAGUGGGAACCGCGAUCGGACGUCCUCCCCAACGUCGCCCUCAAUUCCACCGCCUAUGAUCCAGUGAGGCAUUUCUCGACCUAUGGAGCAGCCGUAGCUCAGAACCGGAUCUACUCGACUCCCUUUUAUUCGCCACAGGAGAAUGUCGUGUUCAGUUCCAGCCGGGGGCCGUAUGACUAUGGAUCUAAUUCCUUUUACCAGGAGAAAGACAUGCUCUCAAACUGCAGACAAAACACCUUAGGACAUAACACACAGACCUCAAUCGCUCAGGAUUUUAGUUCUGAGCAGGGCAGGACUGCGCCCCAGGACCAGAAAGCCAGUAUCCAGAUUUACCCCUGGAUGCAGCGAAUGAAUUCGCACAGUGGGGUCGGUUACGGAGCUGACCGGAGGCGCGGCCGCCAGAUCUACUCUCGGUACCAGACCCUGGAACUGGAGAAGGAAUUUCACUUCAACCGCUACCUAACCCGGCGCCGGCGCAUCGAGAUCGCCAAUGCUCUGUGCUUGACCGAGCGACAGAUCAAAAUCUGGUUCCAGAACCGCCGGAUGAAGUGGAAAAAAGAAUCUAAUCUCACGUCCACGCUUUCGGGGGGCGGCGGAGGGGCAGCCGCCGACAGCCUGGGCGGAAAAGAGGAAAAGCGAGAAGACACAGAAGAGGAGAAGCAGAAAGAGUGACCAGGACUGCCCUUGCACCCCUCUCUCCUCCCUUGCUCAUCCCAGCUCCCCGAAUCACAUACUCUGUAUUUAUCACUGGCACAAUUGAUGUGUUGUGACUUCCUAAAACAAAACAGGGAGUCAGACUUGGACCUGAAAGUCAGCUCUGGACCCCCUCCCUCACUGCACAACUCUUCACCAGCCUCCUCCUCUAGUUCCCUCGCUAGCUCCUUGUCUGGCUUGUCUGGCUUGUCUGCAGGCCCC